AUGAGGUCUGUUUUAUCCAACUUGAAAGAUAAUGUACACAAGAUCGUCUCUAUUUUGAAUGACUUCACAGAAAAGAGAUUAAUAGUUGAAGGGACCAUUUUUCAUGGGCAGUUGAUAAAAAAAGGUGUUUCAUCACAGAAACACAUUGCCGUUAAGAUGCUUAUUAUGUAUCUUAAAUCAGGAAAACCAAAUGAAAUUGAUCAGAUGCUGAAGGAGUUUGAUGGGUUCAACUUAGUUGUACAUAAUUGUCUUAUUACUGCUAAUCUUGAAUGGGGAAAACUGGACGAAGCUCGUAGACUGUUUGAGGAAAUGCCUAAGAGAAAUGAAGUUUCUUGGACUGCUAUAAUUUCGGGGUUGUUGAGGUCUGGAAAAGUUGAAGAGGCAAUUUUGUACUUUGAGAAAAACCCAUUUCAGAAUCUGUUUUCGUGGACAGCAGUUAUCAGUGGGCUUGUUCAAAAUGGGUUAAGUUUUAAAGCAAUGAAGCUGUUUCUCGAGAUGCUUCAAUCUGGAGUUAUGCCUAAUGCUGUCACUUUUACUUCCAUUAUUAGAGCAUGUGGAGAGUUGGGUGAUUUUAAUUUGGGAAUGUCUGUGUUGGGUUUGAUUGUUAAGAUUGGCUAUGAACGUAACUUGUCAGUUUCGAAUUCUUUGAUCACAUUUAACUUGAGACUAAAUGAUACUGUUUCAGCUAGGUCAAUUUUUGAUAGGAUGCAGAGUAAAGAUGUCGUUUCGUGGACAGCGAUUCUUGACAUGUAUGUUCAGAUGGGAGAAUUGGUAGAAGCUCGUCGUGUCUUUGAUGAGAUGCCAGAAAGAAAUGAAGUUUCUUGGAGUACAAUGAUCUCGAGGUACAGUCAGAGUGGUGAUGCAGAAGAGGCAGUGAAUCUCUUCAUUUGCAUGGUCCGGCAGGGGUUUAAACCAAAUAAGUCAUGUUUUGCUAGCGUAGUAAGUGCAUUGGCCAGCCUGGAAGCUUUAGUAAUGGGAAAGAUUGUUCAUGGACAUAUAUUAAAAAUCGGGAUGGAGAGAGAUGCUUACAUUGGUAGCUCACUUGUUGACCUUUACUGCAAAUGUGGAAGCACCAAGGAUGGACGUGUAGCAUUCGACUCGAUCUUGGAGAAAAAUGUUGUUUGUUGGAAUUCAAUGGUUAGUGGGUAUAGUCUCAAUAACCAGCCCGAAGAAGCUAAGGAGCUAUUUCACAAGAUACCCCAAAAAGAUAACAUCUCAUGGAAUUCACUAAUAACAGGUUAUUUAGAGUAUGAAAAAUUUGACGAGGUUUUUGAAGUUUUCUGUGAGAUGCUUCUGUCUGGAGAACGACCAAGUAAAUCUACUUUCUCUAGUGUUUUAUGUGCCUGUGCGAGCUUAGCUUCACUAGAAAGGGGGAAGAACUCGCAUGGUAAGGCAAUUAAACUUGGUUUUCACUCUGACAUUUUUGUCGACACUGCCCUUGUGGAUAUGUAUGCCAAAUCCGGAGAUGUUGAAAGCGCAAAGAAAAUCUUCAAAAGGAUGCCCAAACGCAACGAGAUUUCCUGGACAGCUAUGAUUCAAGGGCUUGCAGAAAACGGCUUUGCAGAGGAAGCACUUGCUGUAUUUGAAGAAUUUGAACGGACCAAGUCCAUUACACCUAAUGAGCUGCUUAUUUUAGCCGUUUUAUUUGCUUGUUCCCACUGUGGUCUAGUAGAUAAAGGACUUCAUUACUUCAAUUCAAUGAAAAAGCUCUAUAAUAUACAGCCGAACGAUAGGCACUAUACCUGUGUAGUGGACAUGCUGUCUCGUUCAGGACGUCUUUCUGAAGCAGAGAAGUUCAUCUUGGACAUGCCUUGUGAACCAGAAGUUCAAGCCUGGGCAGCUCUCUUAAGUGGUUGCAAAACAUACAGGAAUGAGGUAAUAGCAGAAAGGGUGGCGGAAAAGAUUUCAGAGCUGGCUGAAAAGCACCCUGAAGAAUAUGUGUUGCUGUCAAAUGUUUAUGCUGCAGCUGGCAGAUGGUUAGAUGUCUUAAACAUGAGAAAACAAAUGAAGGAAAAAGGACUGAGGAAAAGCGGGGGAUGUAGUUGGAUAGAAGUGCGGAACCAACCCCAUUUCUUCUAUUCCCAGGAUGGUUCUCACAAUGAGUCCACAGAAAUUUACGGGGUUUUGGAACUAAUGAGGUCAGACAUGCUUCUCACAAUAAUAAUGGAUGGUUAUGCGCUUAAGUCCGUGUCGGACUUGCCUCCUGUUUUCCGUUCAACUUUCAGUUUCAGAUAUUUUAAUUCGCUGCAGAGUGAAUGCUUUCCUGCUUGUUUCCUGUCGGAUGUGAACAUGGUAAUUUCAGCGCCAACAGGAAGUGGGAAAACAGUGCUUUUUGAACUAUGCAUUUUGAGGCUUCUCUCAAGGUUUAUCUCAGGAGAGGGAAAAUUUAUUCACAUGAAGGGGUCUCUGAAGGCUAUAUAUGUUGCACCCUCAAAAGCACUGAUACAAGAGAAGCUUCGUAAUUGGAACCAGAAGCUUGGUUCAUGGGGGAUAAAUUGCUUGGAACUGACAGGGGACAAUGAGAACUACAAAAUCACAGAUAUACAGGACGCUGAUGUAAUUCUUACCACUCCUGAGAAGUUUGAUGCUGUGACUCGUUAUCGCAUAAAUAAUGGAGGCCUGAGUUUUUUUGGUGAUAUUGCAUUGGUGCUAAUUGAUGAAGUCCAUUUGUUGAAUGAUCCUCGUGGAGCAGCUUUGGAGGCAAUUGUCAGUAGAAUUAAAAUGCUUUCUCGCAAACCUGAACUGAAAUCAAGUGCUCUAGCUAAUGUCCGUUUUUUGGCUGUUUCUGCAACCAUUCCCAACAUUGAUGACCUUGCAGAAUGGCUCAUGGUCCCCAGGCAAGGAGUAAAAAGGUUUGGGGAAGAAAUGAGACCCGUGAAGUUGACUACCAAAGUUUUUGGAUACACUCCCGCAAAGAAUGACUUUCUAUUUGAAAAGCGCCUACAGAACUUUGUCUUCGAUAUCCUCAUGCAACAUUCUAGAGGAAAAUCUGCUCUAGUUUUUUGCUCAACCAGAAAAGGAGCACAAGAGGCAGCACAACAGCUCUCUCAGACAGCAAUGACCUUUGGUCAUUCAAAUCCUUUCAUCAAAAGCAGAGAGCAACAAGAAAGGUUGAGGGAAGCUUCACUAUCAUGUAGUGACAAACAAAUGCAGUCUUAUAUUCUUUAUGGUGUUGGUUAUCACAAUGGUGGUCUUUCCAUGAACGACCGCAACCUCAUUGAAGGCCUCUUUCUGAAUGGUGAUAUUCAAGUGCUGUGCACUACAAAUACUCUUGCCCAUGGAAUUAAUCUACCAGCACAUACCGUUGUGCUUAAAUCAACUCAGUACUUCAAUAAGGAAAAAGGGACUUACAUGGAAUAUGACAGAUCAACCGUCCUGCAGAUGUCAGGAAGAGCAGGUCGACCACCAUUUGAUGACACGGGAAUGGUCAUAAUCAUGACCAGAAAAGAAACUGUUCACUUGUACGAGAAUUUAUUAAGUGGAUGCGAAUUGGUGGAGUCACAAUUGCUUCCAUGUAUUACAGAGCACCUAACAGCAGAGAUUGUUCAACUGACCGUGUCAGAUAUAACAGGAGCAAUUGAAUGGAUGAAAUGCUCAUUUUUGUAUGUUAGAAUAAGAAAGAAUCCAGAGAAAUAUGCAGUAAGGAAGGGGCUAACUGGCGACCGUUUAGAGAGGCAUAUGCAAGAUAUUUGUGUUCAGAAUGUAAAUGAGUUGUCAAGGUAUCAAUUGAUUUGGACAGAUGAAGAUGGUUUCCUCUUAAAGCCUCUUGAACCUGGAAAGUUGAUGACGAAAUAUUAUCUGAAAUUCGACACGAUGAAGCACAUCAUGCAAGCCCCUGGAAACUGUAGCAUAGAGGAUGCACUUCAAAUCAUUUGCCGUGCUGAGGAACUUAGCUGGAUACAACUGAGGCGCAAUGAGAAGAAGCUCCUGAAUGACAUAAACAUUGACAAAGACAAUAGGCUCCGCUUUCACAUCCUUGGGGACAAAGAGAAAAGAAAAAAGCGGGUCCAAACCAAAGAAGAGAAGAUAUUUGUUUUGGCAAACGACUGCCUAACGGGGGACCCUUUGGUCUUUGAUUUAUCCCUUAGCCAGGACGUGAACUCUAUAUGUGCAAAUGGCUAUAGAAUUGCAAAGUGCAUGAAAGAGUAUUUCCUUUACAGGAAGAACUAUCGAGGAGCUUUGAGUUCAGCACUUCUAACCAAAUCCUUGUAUCAAAAGGUCUGGGAUGAUAGUCCAUACUUGCUGAAACAAUUACCUGGUAUUGGAAUGGUGACAGCAAAGGCACUUCAUUCAAUGGGAGUAAAAUCAUUUGCCUCACUCUCCGAUGCAGAUCCAAGGAAAAUAGAGAUGGUCACUGGCAGAAAAUAUCCUUUUGGGAAUCAUAUAAAAGAGUCAUUACUAUCGUUACCCCCAGAAAUUGAGAUGAGGGUUGAGGAAACUGAGAGCCAAAGGCAAGGGAAGUCCAAGGUUAUGGUAACACUGACUAGGUUGUCACAACCUGCUCAAACAACUAAACGACAUUAUGCUGAUAUGGUGGUUGGCGUUGAAGAAGAUAAUCUGGUACUGUUUCAUGAGAAAAUAAGGGUGGAUGAAUUUCCUAGCCCUUAUAGCAAGACAGUUAUGGUGCCAAGUCCCCAGCAAGGGAAGCUGACUGUUAAAGCAGAUCUGAUAUUUGAUGAAUUUAUUGGUGUUGAUCUCCAUCAAAAGGUUUUAUUGAUAAACAUGGUUGACCAUAAUUUUGUGAUGAAGUACAGAACCAAGCAACCCUCUUCCUUCCAGAACAAUGAUGUCUGCAUCAUAGAGGACACACAAGAUGCAGCUCAAGCAUCAUGCCAAGUGUCUCACAGUUUAGCUGAAGCUGGUUGGAGCUCAGACAUGCCCAGUUUCAAGCUAAUAGAUGAAGAUCUAGACGAAGUGGUACUUGCUGCUGCAGUCGAAGAUGAUGAAUGCAGAAUCAUAAACGAAAAUACAAUAUUUGACCAUAUACGUGAAAAGGCUAAACACCUCCCUGCUUUGACCUCACUGAAAGGUACAUGUUUACCAUCAUUAGAGACUUUGAAUCUCAUCAGAAAGCGCACUCGCGAGAAGCAGCUUCUUGUUGAGAAUGCUGUAGGAGUAUCUGAAGAAGUGAGAAGAACCAAAGUCCCAUGUCACAACAUGGUCAUUCAAUCUGCACAAUAUAUUGAUCUAGAAGAAAAUAGACCAUUUUCUAACAAAGAUCAGAGACCAUAUAGCCAUCACGUCUCUAAUGCCAUUUACCUGCCUGAUGAGAGAGGUGAGCUUUUCUUUGAAACUGGGAGUGUUCCAUCUGAAACAAUUGCUGAAGAAAUGAUAUUCAAAUAUAACCCUAUAGAUUCUAAGAUGUUCCACAGCUUUGAGAAUGUGAAGAACACAGAACCCAAGUUACUCAAUAUGGCCAAUGGAACCUGCAUAAUUCACCAACCUGAGCACAUUUCUUCCAGCUUUGGGUUUCAAGAGACAACUCCAACAAAAGUUACGAAAAAUGCAGCAAGUAAACAAAUUGAAGAGGUUGAGGAUCUAACUAUUCAUGGUUACACCCCUGGUACAAGUGAAAAAACUGAUCUUUCUAUGGAAACCUCGAGAAAAGAUGCAGAGGGAAGAUCAAGAUUGUUGUCAGCUGCAGAUGCUUACUUUAUUAGGAAUAAAGGUGGAUAUCCACUACGUUCUCCAAGUUUCAAGGAACAACAGGGCACUUCUUCAGUACAAGUUGGAGAAAUCAGUCAACCUAAUCCCUUUCUUGGGUUUAAAAGCAUUUUUACAUUUCUGUUCGAGUGAACAUGGUGGUAUCUAGGAUAUGUUGAAUCCAAUGACUUGCUUUGUCAGCUAUAUUGAGAACUAUGUGUUUAAAAUUUGUUUGGUCUCCUUUACUUGGUUAGAUAAAAUUA